CAGGCUAACCACUGACAUCCCUCCCAUGAAGAGAAGGAAGUGAAAUAGCAAUAAAAGAAACAGUAAAGAGUCUUGCUGCAGCGUCUCUCGGGUAGUUUUCCUUCUCUCGUAGAAAACAUGAGAGUUGAUUUUGCCCCACUGGACGUGCCCCUCCAGAGGAGACUGCAGACGGCCACGGUGCUGCAGUGGGUCUACUCUUUUCUUGGCCUGGCACCCACCUGCAUCUUCUUGUUCUUCUACCUGCUCUUCACUCGCUACUGGCUGAUCAGUGUGCUGUACGCCACCUGGUGGUACUUUGAUUAUGACACCCCAACACGAGGAGGCCGCAGGGCGCCUUUUAUUUGUGGCCUCAAAUUUUGGGGAUACAUGCGGGAUUACUUCCCCGUCAAGCUGGUGAAGACAGCUGACUUGGAUCCCAGGCACAACUACGUCUUCGGCUUCCAUCCCCAUGGCGUGCUGGUGGCAGGAGCCUUCACUAACUUCUGCACCUACGCCACAGGAUUCAGGCAGCUGUUCCCUGGCAUCACCAGCUACAUGCUCAUGUUGCCCCUUUGGUUCAGAGCCCCGUUCUUCAGAGACUACAUCAUGUGUGCAGGUUUGAUUCCAUCUGACAAAGAGAGCGCCAGCUAUCCGCUCUCCAGAAAGGGAACCGGUAACGCUGUUGUAAUAGCGGUCGGUGGGGCCCCAGAGGCCCUCGAUGCUCACCCUGGGACCUACAAUGUGAUGAUGGCCAAGAGGAAAGGCUUCAUCAAGAUGGCCAUGGAGCAUGGAGCCCAUCUGGUGCCGGUCUUUUCCUUCGGGGAGAAUGAAUUGUUCGAUCAGGUGGACAACACGAGAGGAACGUGGCUGCGGUGGACACAGGAACGAUUACAAAGCAUCAUGGGUAUCUCCCUGCCUCUCUUCCAUGCACGUGGCAUUUUCCAGUACUCCUUUGGUCUCAUGCCCUACCGAAAACCCAUCAAUACAAUAGUGGGGCGGCCGAUAAAAGUGGAGAGAAACAUAAAGCCAACAGUUGAGGAGCUGGAUGCCCUUCACCAGCUCUACAUGGAUGAACUCAGCAGCCUGUUCGAGGAGCACAAAGUCAACUAUGGAGUGGACAAGGACACUCACCUGAACUUUGUCUAAACUAACUUGAGGAUGGAGGGGACAUGAAUGCAUAUUUAUUUCUAAAGCUCACGCGCUGCGUGUUCAGAUAAUUGUCCUGUCGAUUAAAAAUGAAUGGAAUGAAUGGGAAAGCUUUGGUAUCUGCUGUUGUUUUACAGGUUGUUGUGGGGAAAAGGACAAAGAGGCAACUAAUGAUACAAGUCAGGUUUUCCUCACCUCUCCCAGUUGUUUCAUCUCUCUUGAGUUUUGGAUAUUGUGCAAAGUCUAACACUUUCUUAAAUAGAGUCAUAGGUUGAGUUUGGGUUGCAACAUAUUGUGGAGACUCCCAAUAAAACUGGGAUUAUUUCAGUAUUUGGUAUCUUUAUAAACUCUGAAAGGUGAAUAAAAAUUAUGUAUUUA